AUGAAUUCUCAUAAUUCGUCUUCAAACGAAGUUUCCGAGAUGGGCAAUUCUAACUUGCCGUCGCCAUCUGGAGGCUCAGUUGGUUCCAGUACGUGCUCUGCUCUUCGCACCGUCCAGUUGAAACUACCCAAUACUCCCACGUUAUCAGGGCCGCCUUCACUGAAUGAAGCUUCUAUCGCCUAUCAAAAGUUUGCUGUUGUUGUAGCGAGCGUCGGUGAUUCCCAAGCUUUCCUACUCAGUAAGACACAUGGUAUCCGUGAGUUGACAGGCCCAGUUCCACAAGGUCUUUCCUCCCUCGUAGGACUUGGUGGGGAAAAUAAAAAUAUUUCAAGCGGAACAACCACAAGCUUGUCACAGAGCUUAGAACUAUCUGAAUCAAUGAUUAUCAACAAAGAGAUCGAACUGAACAAACUUGGGCUCACCCAAAUGCCUUUCGAUCCUCAAGAUGCUAAAUCAAGCCAAAUAGGGCUAGCCCAAGAAGAGACUCCUGGGUAUGUAUUCAAUACACCAGAAGAGCAGAAGGAAGAGAAACCAAGGAACUUUCGCGAUACUGGAGGUGCACUUGGACCUGUGCAUAGCAACGACGACCCUGAGCUGCACAAUCUUAUGUGUGCAGGUAAGUUCCCUCCACUCGUCAUUUUUACUUAA